CGACGGCUUGACGUCAUCUCCAGGCGACAGAGCGCUGCUCAGCUGUCCUCUGUCUUCUUGGUGUAAGGUCGGUGUUUUUACUAGAAUUUGCGGGGUGAUCGUACCAGCUUCAGGAUGCUGGGGUACACUACGGACCAGAGGCUUCGCAUGCAGCAGCUGGUGAAGCUGCGGCGACAGUGGCUGAAGGACCAUGAGCUGAGCCCCCGAGAGCCCGUCCUGCCCCCCGCAAAACCGGGACUUGUGGAGAAAUUCUGGUUACGGUUUCUGGAGCCCAGAAGCCUGUGGAGGCUUUACACUUAUAAAGCCUACCGGGUUGGAAAAUGGUCCUUAACUCAGCUGAUAAUUCCUGCUUGGAUUUGUCAUUAUUAUGUCAAGUAUCAUGUUGCGAUGAAACCAUAUGGUAUUGUAGAAGCAAAACCAAGGCUGUUCCCUGGGGACACAAUCAUGGAAACUGGAGAGGUCCUUCCUCCCUUCCCGGAAAUGGAAAGCUUUGGACACCACUGAACAAGUUCCUAAAAGACAGAAAAAGCCACGUGUACUUUUCUGAGGUUAAAAGGAUUUUAUUUAACAAUAAAACUAAUUUACAAAUGCCACCUUCA